AGAAAAAGUUAAAGCUCUAGGGUGUGAAUUUCUUAUGAAUCCUCCAGCAGCAAGUCAUAUGGGAGGAGUCUGGGAAAGGCAAAUAAGAACCAUAAUAAGUGUUCUUACUGCCGCUCUGGAUCAGUCUGCACAGAGGUUUGACAGUACCUCUCUAAGGACAUUUUUGUAUGAGGUUAUGGCCGUUGUUAAUAGCAGACCACUCACCACCGAACAUUUGAAUGAUCCAUUAGGACCUGAACCCUUAACUCCGAACCACAUUCUUACUAUGAAGUCUACUAUCAUUCUUCCUCCACCAGGACAGUUUACAAGAGAAGAUCUUUACCUGCGAAAGAGAUGGCGCAGAGUACAGUAUUUGGUAAAUGAAUUCUGGACUCGAUGGAAAAGGGAGUAUCUUUUAAACUUGCAGCCAAGACAGAAGUGGCACAAGAAUCAAAGGAAUUUAAAGGUUAAUGACAUUGUCCUUGUUCAAGAUGAUCUUGCACCACUUAAAGGGGUGGUCCACAACGAUGUCACAUUUUAAGCUUUAGUUCAUGUGUAAUGUAGCUAAGUGAACAUAAACAACAUCUCUGAAUGUAAUAUACCCAAAGUUCAAUGCAAAGGGAGACAUUAGCUUUUACAGAGUUAGCUUAGCAAAGCCUACAACGAACGAAUUUUGGAGACUACAAACAAAGUCUUCCGCCCCCUGUGACAUCACAGGGGUUCCAGGUUACGCGCAUUUACUGCUCACACGCCUUGCGCUGCAAAGAAGCGUGGCCACAGACGCGUAAAGAACGGAAAAUGCCGAAACGCUGCUAUUUUCAUGGAUCUUGUUCUGCUUCGCUAUUUAACCUUCCAAAGGACGUGACACAAAGAGAGAAGUGGUUAUAAUUCAUUUUUAAUCAUGUUCCAGAAUAUUACAAAAAAGAUAUCACUCUCUGUGCACAGCAUUUUACAAAGGACAGCUUUCAAAAUUGGUCGCAGUUCAGGGCUGGAUUUAGCCAAAAACUUCUCCUCAAAGAAGGAGCAGUACCUACGAUAAAAGACGAUGCUGGGGAUUGUGAGCUACAACCUGUAAGUAUUUCUAUUUGUUGCAAUAUCUUACAUGCAUAGUUUCUAGCAUUCAUUGUAGGCUAUGUUGUAGUACGGACGUAAACCAGGAUAUAAACCACGAGAAACGCGGUUUGUCUUUAGCAAUUGGUUUUGUCUUUGUCAAUUGUUAGUCUUUAGUUUGUUGAGGUGGUCUCUAAGUAACAAAGUUAUGAACCGGGAGGAGUAUGGAUCGGCGAUCAGAAGCUAUACCAAAGUAAAUGCGCUAGCUUGUGGAUGAUAUUACGGAAGUUUUCCUGUGGAAAUAACAACGGGAGGGUGGCAGAAGAUGAGUGUGAAAUACGAGAAACUCUCGGGAAAAAACGGGAGUUUAGCAGGUAUGAUUUAGCUAACGUUACAAACAUACGUAUCGGUUUUAUCCCUGUAAUUAUCCACGCUCGUCACCAGCAAACACGAUGUAUAUGUAUGCGGAAACAUUGCGUGAGUUUUACAAUUGAAAUAGUGGAGUAUAUUAUGUACAGACAUCCGAAGUCUCCCUGAGGCGCCGCCACAGCCCCCUCCUCCCCCGCUCGCUAUUCAUCUUUGUCGUGAAAUCUCCCACUCUCGCUUUUUCUGUACGUCGCUUUUCAAACUACUUUUAUCAACUUGGGAAGUUUGUACAUAUACUGAUAAUGCUUUGAAAUAGCCGCAAGUUGCUACGAUGAUGUACAUCUGCUUAAAAAAACACAUGCUGGAAAUGUAUGUUUUGCUGCAGGUUUCAAUGGGUUUGCUGGUCUCAAUAUUGGUCAGGGCCAACACUGAGAACAGCUAGACCAGCACUGAAAACAGCAUCAAAACAUAUCUUACUAGCAUGUGAUUUUUUUUAGCAGGGGUGGCAAUUAAAAAAUAAACAAACACAUGCUUUUUAUUUUUACCAGACAACAUCUCAACAGGUUACCAGCUCCCCAGACCUACCUUCCACACCUACACAUGUAGAAGUUGCAUGUCAGGUAGACAUUAAAGAGACUGUGACAGUAGCCACCAAAACAUCACCAAAUGUGCGAUCAGUGGGUACUAAAGUUUCUUUUCGUACUUUGCGGGACAUCCAUGUAAGAAGCAAAGGUAUGUUUUAUUUUAUUAUUUAAAUAUUUGCUGUUGUUUGUUUGUGCAUUCUAAAGUUGUUUGUGUGCCAGGUAUAUUGUGUAUUAAAUAGCAUGAAUAACACAAUUCCCUUUUUUUUAAUAGGUAUUCAGGCGAAAGUGUCUUGUCGUAAUGUUGGCACAGAAACUAUUUCUUUGCCAGAUAUGCAGCUCUCUUCAACACCAAUUAAGGGUUCAAUCUUUAGGCCAAGCAAGCGACCUCGUCUUUUGUUGGAGGAGGAGGAUGACAACAAUGAUGAUGAGGACGAAGAGUCUGAUUUGCAUGUAGAACCACAUGACUCCACUUAUAAUCCGGAAUCUGUUGUCACGGAAGAUUCACAGUCAGUGUUAGAUCCAGAAUCAAACUACAUGGACAACAAAUACAUUGUAUUUGAAAGCUGCCUUAUAGACUUGUUUGGUUCCUGUCCCGUCUGUAAGACAAAGUGUGCCAUCCAAAAAAGACAAAUGGGGACUUUUAUUGCAUUCACACAGCUGUGUGACAAGUGUAACUACCUACGACAGUGGCAGAGCCAGCCCAUAGUAGGUAGUACUCCAGUCGGAAACCUGAUGUUGUCUGCUGCUACAUAUUUCACUGGUGGAUCAUUCAUUCAACUACAGAGGGUUUUCAAGGCCAUGAAUCUUCAAACGAUUCAGUACUCUGCUUUCAGGAACCAUGCCAGAAAUUUUUUAGAACCUGCCAUCAUACACAAGUGGAAUCUAGAGCAACAAAAUAUUUUUACACAGCUAAAAAAAGAGGGAGCGGUUGCAUUAGCAGGAGAUAUGAGAGCUGACACACCAGGACAUUCAGCAAAAUUUGGCAGCUACACAUUGAUGGACAAUGAAACCAACAAAAUUGUCGAUCUUCAACUAAUUCAGAGCAACGAAGUCGGUGGAAGUUAUCACAUGGAAAAAGAGGGAUUAAAACGUUGUCUUGAUAAGCUGGAUGCUAAUGGUUUAGCUGUUGACUACAUAGUCACCGAUCGCCAUCCUCAAAUUCAAAAGUACCUGAGAGAGCGUGGCAUCACCCAGUUCUAUGAUGUGUGGCACUUUGAAAAAGGUUUGUCCAAGAAGCUUGAGAAGCUUUCAAAAAGGAAAGAAUGUGAGGUGCUGAAGAGAUGGUUGAAAAGUAUAAAAUAACCAUGUGUACUGGAGUGCGACUUCCUCCGUGUCUGGCCCGGAAAAGGUUGCCAAAUUAACAUCCUUACUGAACCACAUACAAAAUAUACAUGUUCACAAUAACCCGCUGUUUCCAAAGUGUGAACACCCUGAUGUACUUUCAAGAGAUCGCAAAAAAUGGUUCCAACCAGGUUCACAGGCCCUCUAUAAAGUAGAAAAGGUUUUGAACAACAAGAGAGUUGUCAAGGAUGUUGCAAAACUCAGCCACCACUAUCAAACAUCCUCACUUGAGGCAUUUCAUAGUGUAAUUCUGCGUUUCACACCAAAGAAUGUUGUUUUUCCUUUUAUUGGAAUGCUGUGCAGGUUAUAUCUCGCAGCUAUGCACCAGAAUGAAAAUUGUCAACGUGAACAGGCAAUAACUACUACUGGACAGGCUGUGUACAAAUUUGUAUUUCCAAAAACGAAAAGGGGGGAAUGCACAGCAAAACCAGUGAAAACAGAGCCAACAUAUGGCUACGUGAAGGACCUCAUGGUCCUUGUGCUAGAUGAGGUCUGUUUGGAUCCAGCACCAUAUGUGGAAGAGCUGCAGUCCAUUCCGGUUCCACCACCUCUUUCCUCUCAAUUUGAGAAACCCUCAAAAGAGCAUGUUAUUUCACAGCAUGUUUCAAGAUUUAAUCAAGGGGAGGCCGGAACCCAACAUACUGUCCUGCUGCAUUCGGAAACUCCUGGCGUAUCCGGCGCACCACACAUGACGGGAUGACAACCCUCACUUCACGUCCUAGCCAGCCCCAGCACCAGCUAACAAAGCUGCGAUAUGACAGAUAACGGAAACGCCUAUGGCAAUAAAAGGAAACGGAUGUCAGCAUUGCAUAUCAAACCUUGCAAUUGUACAUAUGUGUAUAUAUUUAUUGUCUAUUUAAGUUUUUUUAAACUGGUUUUCAGUGAUUUGUACUUAGUAACUUAAAAUACAUUUAUUAACAUUUAUUAAAAUACAUUUUACAAA